CUGGCGCCAGUUUCCUGCUCUUAAAUUAGUACCUGUGCUGCUGCUCGACCCACCUGAGUGCGUUUUUUUGUCCCGUGUUCGUGUGAGCGUUUCGUGUUUGUUUGCUAACGUGUUCGUCGCUCUCGAGCGCGGACUAACGGACUUGUUUCCCCCCCUUAGUGGACUCCCGCCACUGGAAGGAGCUCAGGUGAGCGCGGAGGAGGAAUAAGAAGAGGAAGAAGAGGCAAGAAAGUUCCAGGCCAACAUGCCUCGAGCCUUCCUGGUGAAGAAGGCCAACGUUUCGCCGGGAAAGCGGAACUGGAGCGAGCUCCCGGACGACGAACGAGGAGACGUCUACGUCCCAGGAGAACAAUUGGCAUUGUUGCCAUCAGACGUCAGGAUCAGAUAACAAAUAACGGACUAAACCCCCCCAACCCUCCUAGCCCCCAUGGAACCCCCCAUCAGCGUUGUGACGUCAUCCUUCUUCAACAAGCAGCAUUUCUCUUAUUAUGGAGGAGACUUCCUGCACAACAACGGUCUCCUUGCCUGUGUGUCCAUCUUUCCCCCGUCCGUCCUGGUGAUGGAGGAUGAGGCGAGUCCAGCCGAGGCCGCACCACUCUGCCUGGCUAAGCAGUCUGUAACCGAGAGCCACGCGCACGCCGAACUGCCGUCCUGCACGGUGCUGGGCCGGCCGCAGAGCCCGGUGGCGCCUAUGACGGACGAGAGUUCAGAGGUCCGUGCCAAUUGGUCACAGAGCAGCUCUUUGUUUGUCCGCUCCAAAAUGAAGGUGACGACAGGCGAAUUGCCUCAUGAUCCUGUUCCUACAUCGCCAUCCCUGACAGUACCGGAAGACACGUUAAUGCCCGUUGUCAUGACGACAAACCCAGUUCCCAUGAAAUUUGCCUCAUCUGUGAUCCGGUCGUCGAGCGGGCUGACGCUGCCCUUAAUUUGUCAGAUUUGCCAGAAAACGUUCCAGUACCAACGAAUGUUAAACCGACACAUGAAGUGUCACAACGACACCAAGCGGCACCUCUGUAGCUUCUGCGGCAAAGGCUUCAACGACACCUUUGACCUCAAGAGACACGUGCGCACACACACGGGAGUUCGGCCGUACAAGUGCAAUCUCUGUGACAAGGCCUUCACGCAGCGGUGCUCGCUGGAGUCGCACAUGAAGAAGAUCCACAGCGUCACGCAAAAGUACGCCUACAAGGAGCGCCGCAACAAGCUGUAUGUGUGCGAGGAGUGCGGCCACACAGCGGCCACGCAGGACGAGCUGCUGCUGCACCUCCACUCGCUGCACCCCGACAGCGCCCUCUUGAAAGGGAAGGGGGGACGGCGGGCAGGGAGUUCGGGAGGAACAGGAUUGAUCGGAGAGCUGGAAUGUACGCUGGGUUCACCACAAGGAGCCGAUAGUGACGACACCACGGGAUCAGCCGGCCUAUAAAAAGAAAGAGAAAAACAUUUCUGACUGGAACUAUCAUGGGACUGCUAACUUGCUUUUCUUGCUUUUUUACUGCAUGUGGGCCUUCUGUAAAGCAAUAUAGGACUUUCCUAUCAGUUGAUUCAUUAAAGGGAGUAAUAUA